AUGGUCACGGACGACCUUCUGGAGGCGUAUGUCAAGACAAGAGAAGGCGCCGACAAAGCCGGUGGCUACGCAAUCCAAGGCGCUGGCUCAAUCCUCGUGAAGAAGAUUGAAGGCACGUUCGACAAUGUGGUUGGCUUGCCGCUGCGCGGGACGUUGAAGGUUAUCGAGAAGGUAUUGAGUAAUGAUGAGAUGGUUGAGGAGGGGGAGGAUGAGGGUGGCGAGGACUAA